AUGAGAAUAAUGGAGUAUGGAAAUAAAGGGUCAGGUACUGGCAGCUAUUUAUCUAAAACCAUUUGCGACGAGUUCAUUGAAAUUAUGGCAGACAAAGUGCGUCAAACCAUAAUAGAAGAAAUGCGUACUGCUAAAUAUUACAGCAUUAUUGUGGAUUCAACACCAGAUAUUUAUCAUACUGAUCAACUAGCCUUUGUUAAUAGAUACGUUAAAGAUGAUGGAUCACCUGUGGAACGAUUUCUGCAUUUCAUAGAAAAUCCAGGUCACAAAAGUGAAGAAUUGUUCGCUGAAGUAUACAACGGACUGAUGUCACUAGAUUUAGAUAUUAUGGAUUGUAGAGGGCAAUCUUAUGAUACUGCAGCAAACAUGUCUGGAAUCUACAGCGGACUUCAAGCUCGAAUAAAAGAAAUCAACGAUUACGCAGACUAUGCACCAUGUGGUGGGCAUAAUGUUAACCUUGCUGGUACACAUGCAGCUGAAAGUUGUACAGAAGCUUCUGCUUAUUUCGGAGUUUUGCAAAGCGUUUAUACUUUUUUCACGGGAUCGACCAAUCGCUGGGAAAAAUAUGUUUUCCAUUGCAGUCAAUCUGGACAUCGACAGCGUGCGUUGAAAUCAUUUCUAUCUAUCGAUUGUGAAGAUAUUAUCCGCGAAUUCGCAGCUGAAAAAUCAAGACGUAAAGAACUGUGAAAAAGAAGUGUUUGAAAGAGGGUUUUUGUUGAAUACCUUAUCCAUGCUGAUGUCGAAUUUGUUAAUUCCGUUAUGUAUUUCAUUAUUAACGAACUAUAUUGUAAUAAA